AUGCAAAUUCUUUCUCUAAAUUUUAAAAUGUUCACCAUCGGUGGUGUAUGGCGACCUAUCGAAUGGUCGUCGAAUAUUGCUAAACUGUUGUAUAACAUAUUUACCUUUAUUGUAUUAGCCCUAAUAUAUUUUUUGGCGAUAACCCAAUUCACGGAUAUCGUUCUUGUUAUCGAUAAUCUCGACGAUUUUGCUACUAAUGCUCUAAUGUUUCCGACUAUUGUUGCCGUUUGUUGCAAAGGGACUAUCGUUGUAGCACGUCGGAAAGCAAUUAUCAAAUUAAUGCAAGCGUUGUUGAAAGAACCGUAUAAACCUCGAGACGAGGACGAAAUAGCAAUACAAAGAAAGUUUGACAGAUUUAUCAGGUCAUGCUCGAUUAAAUAUUCACUUUUAGCGACGAGUUCCGUUACAGGCGUGACAGUAAGAUCAGUGUUAAACGUUAUGCAAGGUCACUUACCUUACAGAGUAUGGCUGCCAUAUGAUUAUAAUGUAUUUCCGAUGUUCUGGAUUGUAUCUAUACAACAAAUUGUAGCUGUGGUUUUUGUCACCAUUAUAAAUGUUGGCACGGAAACUCUUGUUUUUGGAUUGUUUUUGCAAACAUGCGCCCAGCUCGAAAUUUUCGAAACUCGUCUUCACAAAUUAAUAAUCAACAGGACAUCCAAAUACCUGAAACAUGUAUCAGCUUCGUCAGAUAAAAAAAAAGAAAUAAUAUCGGAAUAUAUACGCCAUCAUCUUAGCAUUUACAAAUUUGCUAAGACGGUAAAUGUUAUAUUCAACCAAGCACUUUUCGUUCAAUUCUUUGGCAGUAUUAUAGUAUUAUGUACAAGUGUAUAUUAUUUGGCAUCACAUAUUACUGAAACUGAAUCUGUGACUUUGGUGGUGUAUACUAUUUGCAUGUUUGUACAAAUUUACGUUUACUGCUGGUCCGGAAAUGAAGUAAUACUUAAGAGUAUGAGCAUAGGAGAUGCGAUAUAUCGAAUGAAUUGGCCCUUCCUGUCUAUCAACGAAAAGAAAGAAUUGUUGAUGAUCAUGAUACGUAGCUCAAGUCCAAUAAAAUUUACUAGCAGCUUCUUAAUAACUUUAUCUCUUCAGUCUUAUACUAACAUCUUGAAAACGUCAUAUUCUGCAUUUAAUGUGCUACAAAAGUGAGAUAUAAAUAAU